GGCCCGGGACAGGAGCGGACAGGGCGGGGCGGGAGGGCUGAGGGAGGGAGGGGGCCGCCGCCGUUGCCGCCGCCGCCGUUGGAACCGACCGGGCCGCGCCCCGCCAUGUUCAACGUGGAGAGCCUAGAGCGGGCGGAGCUGGGCGAGAGCCUCCUCACCUGGAUCCAGACAUUUAAUGUCGAGGCACCAUGCCAGACUGUGGAAGAUUUAACGAGUGGGGUUGUGAUGGCCCAGGUUCUUCAAAAAAUAGAUCCAGCUUACUUUGAUGAAAACUGGCUAAACAGGAUCAAAACAGAAGUAGGAGAUAAUUGGAGGCUAAAGGUAAGCAACCUGAAGAAAAUUUUAAAAGGGAUACUGGAUUACAACCAUGAGAUUUUGGGGCAACAGAUUAAUGACUUCACGCUUCCUGAUGUUAAUCUGAUUGGAGAGCAUGCUGAUGCUGCGGAACUUGGAAGAAUGCUUCAGCUUAUUUUGGGAUGUGCUGUCAAUUGUGAACAGAAGCAAGAGUACAUCCAGACCAUAAUGAUGAUGGAAGAAUCGGUUCAACAUGUUGUCAUGACAGCCAUUCAGGAGUUGAUGAGUAAAGAGUCUCCUGUCUCGGUUGGAAAUGAUGCUUACGUUGACCUUGAUCGGCAGCUGAAGAAAACUACGGAAGAAUUAAAUGAAGCACUGGCAACAAAAGAAGAAAUUGCCCAAAGAUGUCACGAGUUAGAUAUGCAGGUUGCAGCCCUUCAGGAGGAGAAGAGCAGCUUGCUUGCCGAGAACCAGAUUUUGAUGGAACGUUUGAAUCAAUCUGAUUCUAUUGAAGAUCCAAACAGCCCUGCAGGUCGUAGGCACUUGCAGCUGCAGACACAGCUAGAACAACUCCAAGAGGAAACAUUCAGAUUAGAAGCUGCCAAAGAUGACUACAGAAUACGCUGUGAAGAACUGGAAAAGGAGAUUGCUGAAUUGAGACAACAGACAGAGGAGCUUACUACAUUAGCAGAAGAGGCUCAGUCUCUGAAGGAUGAGAUAGAUGUACUCAGGCAUUCUUCUGAUAAAGUAGCCAAGUUAGAAAGCCAGGUGGAGUCAUACAAAAAGAAAUUAGAAGACUUGGGUGAUUUGCGGCGGCAAGUGAAACUCUUAGAAGAGAAGAAUACGAUGUACAUGCAAAAUACUGUGAGCCUGGAAGAAGAACUAAGGAAGGCCAAUGCAGCACGCAGUCAGUUGGAGACGUACAAGAGACAGGCAGUUGAACUACAAAACAGGUUAUCUGAAGAAUCCAAGAAAGCUGAUAAAUUAGAUUAUGAAUGCAAACGGCUGAAAGAAAAAGUAGACAGCCUCCAAAAAGAAAAAGAUAGAUUAAGAACAGAAAGAGAUUCUUUGAAAGAAACUAUUGAAGAGCUCAGGUGUGUACAAGCACAGGAGGGUCAGCUCACCACUACAGGAUUGAUGCCCCUAGGAACACAAGAACCUUCAGACAGUUUAGCAGCAGAAAUUGUUACUCCUGAAAUAAAGGAGAAACUCAUUCGCCUUCAGCAUGAGAACAAGAUUUUAAAAUUGAACCAAGAAGGUUCUGACAAUGAAAAGAUUGCCUUGUUGCAGAGCCUUCUUGAUGAUGCAAACUUAAGGAAGAAUGAAUUGGAGACAGAGAACAGAUUGGUAAAUCAAAGACUCCUAGAAGUGCAAUCCCAGGUUGAAGAACUACAAAAAUCUUUGCAGGAUCAAGGUUCAAAAGCUGAAGAUUCAAUUCUUCUGAAAAAGAAACUUGAAGAACAUCUUGAGAAACUCCAUGAAGCUAAUAACGAGUUACAGAAGAAACGAGCUAUUAUUGAGGAUUUGGAACCAAGAUGCAAUAACAGUUCACUCAAAAUUGAAGAGUUACAAGAAGCCUUACGGAAAAAAGAGGAGGAAAUGAAGCAAAUGGAAGAGCGUUACAAAAAGUAUUUGGAAAAGGCCAAAAGCGUCAUCCGCACCUUAGACCCUAAGCAAAACCAGGGUGCAGCUCCUGAGAUUCAGGCUCUGAAAAAUCAGUUGCAAGAACGGGAUAGAAUGUUUCAUUCAUUGGAGAAAGAAUAUGAAAAAACAAAAAGUCAAAGAGAAAUGGAGGAGAAAUUUAUUGUUAGUGCCUGGUAUAAUAUGGGAAUGACUCUGCAUAAAAAAGCAGCGGAAGACAGACUAGCUAGCACAGGCUCAGGACAGUCCUUCCUGGCUAGACAAAGGCAAGCCACGAGCACAAGGAGAUCGUACCCUGGUCAUGUCCAGCCAGCAACUGCAAGGUAGAGAAGCCUUGCCCUUAGAAAGAAAAUUGCCCUAUGAUCAAGGCCACUUCUGUUGCAAGUAACACCGUUCAACAAAAAGCAACCAGCAUCCUUUCUCUUUCUCCCUUGUUACCACCAUUAUUUUACAGUUCAGGAAAGGGUUUUAUUAUGGUUUCCUCAUUGUUUUUUAAUGCCCUUUGUUUGUGUUUUUUGAAGUCCAUCUGUCCCUUUUUCUCUCUGCAUUUUUCUGAAUGUGCCAAAGUUUUGAAAACAUCUAGAGGAGUGUUGUACAAUAAUGGAAUCUUUUAAAUUUGUAUGAAGCCUGGUCCCUUACAAAAAGCCUCAUAUGGGCUGUGUAACAAUGUGAAUUUCCUGUCACAGUUGAUACAUUUGUGCCUAUAAGGGUUGUGAUGCUUUACAAGACUGCCUUUGUUAAAAGGAAUUAAGCUUUUUAUUUUUGUGCUUCAAAAAAAGGCUGAAAACUCAUCACAAAAAUGCAAAAUUAGUAUAUAAUGUUAUUGUAAAAUAUAUUUGCAGCUAAAACACUUAUCGGCAACAAGAAAUAUCUUUUUAAAAAAGAAAAUCUCCUAUGUAUAAAGUUUGCUCUUAUUCUUGGCAUUUAGUAGGGAAGCAGGAUGAUUUUUAAGGCUUUUGUUUGUCUGCUGGUUUUACCUGUUGCUGACAGAACUGAAUAUUUUCAAAUGGUUUGUCCCACUCUUCUAGAUCAAGUGUGUGGUUAAUAUAUAGUAUAAAAAGAUCGAGAAAUAUUUGAAAUGCUUUAAUAUGCUACUGCAUCAUCCAUUUAAAAAAAAAAAAAGCAUUUGUAUUAAUUUUUUAUAAUUAUGGACUAACAGUAGAUAAUGGAUUGAGGCCUAAAUUAACGUUGUUGAUGUUAACAUGCUUCAGUUGUCAUCCCCUACUAAGCAACUUGCUUUUAAUAUAUUGAUUCAGGGUAUAUUUGUAUCAGUUGCCUUACUAAUGGUACCAGUGCCUUCAGGUGAGCAUGUUGCUGACUGUUGAAAACUGGCUGUAAUUUGUUGUACUACCUUCUUAGCAUGUAGCUAGUUGAUCAUAUGUCGCUCUCUGUAGCACCUUCAUGUUGAUCAGUGGGGUGGCAGAUGGUCCCUAGUAUUAAUUUAGGCCCUGGUCCUAUAAAAUUCUGCUUUUUCCCUGAGCGAUUCUAUGUUCUGGCUAUUGUUUUUGUCAAAGAAUUGAUGGACACAGAGGACCUGAGUAUAGGUUGAAGGCUUCAAUCUAUUUUGUGGUGAUUCAGUUUUAAACAUUUUUCAUUUAGAGACUCUUUGGCCCCCUAAAUGCAUGUUCAGUCUGGUUUCUACAUUUAUUCUUUUACCUUAUUUUGAUGCCCUUCCCAGUGAAGACAUUUCUUCAUAAAUAGCUUCAGAAAAAAGGCAUAUUAGCAUUUAGUAAGCAUCUGAAGACCUGUAUUAAUUCACAACUUCAGUGGGUCGAACAAAGGAUAGUUAAAAUGAGUACACCUAGAUUAAAGGGUAAGGAAUAGGUGGAUGGCACUUGUAGGUACUCCUUUAUCCUCAAGUACAUCAUCUGUUUUAAUCUAGGCUAAGAAUGCUUUCAAUAUGUGUCUGAAAAAUGUAGUUGUUUUUUUUUCCCCGUAAUACAAAAACAUACGAAGUUCAUUAACUUCAUAUAAGUUUGUCUUUUAUGCCCCACAUUUGGAAGAAAAACAAUUUUCUAAAAAUUCUGCUCUUUAAUUCAUGAUGUGAAAAGUCUGGGCUAUACUUGCAAGGUAAAGUUGAGACAGCAGAAGUAUCUUUUUGUGUGGAGAAAAGUUAACAAUGGCAGUUAAGCAACAAAGGCAGUUUAGGACAAUUUCUGUAGUUCAGUGAGCUGAUCCUCGUUUUGCUGUCUCUUACUGAGAUACCAAAUGCUAACAGAUCAAAGAAGUUUUAUAUAUUACGUAGCAAGAUGACCACAGUUUUUGUGUGAAAUCUUCUACUGAUUUUUUUGUGCAAUCCAUUCAAGUCAUUUGAAGAACUCUUUACUGCAUGCCAUGUGUGAACAGGAGCAAGUAACCAGAUUUGAUGUUCUUGCUUGAGAGUAGAGCGUUAUGUGUCACCCAGAGAAAGAAUUUAAGAACACUGAAAACUCCAUUUUUAUUCUAAUCUCACUGUCUUUGUCUGUUAUCAAACUGCCAAAGCCUACUUGUGAAAGAAAGGAACACCAGGACCUUAAUGGGAGGGUUUCUCUCUUAAAUUUAUUUAAUAAUUUUAUUUACUGUUGCUAUUAGUUGCAUAUCUAAAAUCACUUGAAUGCAAUCUGCAAACUAGAAUAAAACUACUUGCUUUAAUUAUUGUAACAUUUAUUUUACUAUUUUGCCUCCAAAGUUCUGAUGACAGACAAAUGCCCCUGAUGGCUGGGAGAUGUACAAAUGCUGAUUAGAAGCUUUGUCUUUAGGUUUUCUCUGUCGUGGCUUCUCUCCCUCUCCUCUUUUCUGGUUGUUGAUUUUUAUUUUCUGUUCUGUAGGUUCUCCUCUUUCUGUUUGGGCUUUCCAUUUUCCCAUAAGAUAAGACACUGAAGCGUGUAUUCAACAGAAGCUCAGAGCUUGUGUUGAAUAUAAAAAUCUAAAAAUGUAUUGCAGUCUUAUACCUAUACAUCUAAAGAGCAUCUCUCUCUGUCCAGUUCCAAUAAGUCAUUUCUUUUGACUUCUAAUGGUAGUCAACGAAAUUUAAUUCUGCGUUAUUUAGCAUUUUCCUUUGAUUAUCUGCUGCAUACAGCAAUUCUUAAUUGUUUAGUGUGGAUGGCUCUGAAGAAAUCUUGCUUGUUUUGUAGUUUUGGAAGUAGCGUGCUAUUAAAAAACAAGGGCUGAGAGUGUGACAUGAGGUAAUAAGUACCUGUACAGAGCUAGCCGUGAAUGCUGUCUAUUCUUUGUAUCUUCAGUAAAAGAAUAUAGCAAAAAAGCCUUGUAAAACAGAAUUCUCUUAGUACAAUACAUACUUCAAAGAAACUUCUAGGAAGACUUUUUUGGAGGCAACAAAGACUAUUGACAUCAAAACUGUAGUGACAAUUGUUAAAUUAUAGGCUGUCUUGAUACACUACAGGAAAAAAAAAAAGCCUGCAGACUGGUCUUAAAGAAAAAAAAAAAAAAAAGCUCUUCAGGGCAGUGAUAAAACAGCUAAAAAGUUCGUGAGAAUACGUUCCUAGGUACUGUGCUGAGGAUAUGCCCAGAAUAGUCCUUCUGGGAGAUUUAAAUUAAAUGCCAACAACAUGUAACAGUUAAAUGCUGUUGUUUAGAGCUGAAACCUAGUUUCUGGUCUUACAGGAUGUGUGUGCGGUCCAGUUUAAGUAUUUCCAUGUUAAGUUGUUAGCAUGUGUGAUCAGACGUUACAGAAAAGAGUAUUCAUGUUCCCCAGUUUCCUUACAGCAACAUUUAACCACUUGGAUCCUAGCAUACAUUUUCCAAAUGUUGUAAUCUAAUUUAAGGGUUAUGUGUCCCAUCCACAGUGCAGAGGAAAACAAACUGUAGCACACAGCUGUAUAUAUUGUAAAAUGAAGUACAUACACAUUGGCUACAAGGUGUUUUUCAUUAUCUCUUUGGAAAUGACCAAAUGGUAAUCCUGUGCUGUUCUGAUCAUGUCCCUUGAGGUGGUAGUAUUAACUCUUAAAGUUCUUUGUGGCCUUCUAUUCAUGUAGACAGCACUGUCAAUUUUAUAUUCAAUGUGUAUGAAAGAAUUAAUAUUGACCAAUCCUAUUGCUGCUUUAUGAUCAUCUUGAUAGUACGUGGUAUGUGCAAGCUGUCAAGAAAAUUUAAGGGGAUUUGUAGAUUUUAAAGCCCUUGGUGUUUUGACUUAUGCACGUAGCCUUUGUUUUCUCAGUUCUCUAGUGUAUGAGGCUGUCCAUAGCUUCCUGGAUGAGCUGUAGUGGGUUUGAUUAUAUUGAUAUGUUGACGUUUUCUGUAGAUAUGAUAAUUGGAAAAUAUCUUAACUUCAGAACUUGAUUUUCUUCUAGUUAGUGAUUGGAGGAAGACCGUCUUGAAUGUGGCUAGUUUUUCUUUUUCUUACAAAACAAAACAGUUCCUGAAUUUUAUUCAUUUUGUAGUGUUUUUUUUUUUUUCCCCUGGACAUUCUGACAUUUUGCAAGGAUUGAUGAGGGAGCUAUUUUUGCACUCUAAGUCAGAUAUACUGACUUCUUGUGUUUUUUUGCACGUGUUUUAGGUAGAACAUGGACUCUGUUUUUUGCAGUAAUACUAAGUUGAUAAGCUUUGACAUCUCCAAACCAAGUUUAGCAAAUUUUGGAGGCAUUUUCUCACCAGUAUUGUGCAAAUAAAUAGCUAAAAGAGGCCUCCUUUACAAGAAAUAGUUUCAAGCGAUGUUUGUUCCACUUGGAAAAAGUAGUUGUAUUUCAGGUGUCACCUGCAGAAUAGAUUGAAAGCUGGAUUAUGACUGAAAUGUGAUCUCAGGUGAUAUGCUCAGAAGGAAACCUCAUCAGAAGCCCUUCCUUAGAACAGCUGUAUUAGCUGACGCUGGCAGUAUGAUACAUGUAGUGUUCUGUUAAAAUGAAAUGGUGAGUCAUAAACGUAAGAAUUUAAAUGUGAAGAUUGGGUAAGCCUGGAAUUUGAUGAAUGAGCUCUUGAACCACACAAGCUGCACACAGCCCAGGCAUGUCCUUUCUCAAAUCUGAGCAGUCCAGCUCUCCUCUGUGUUGGCAAGGCUUUCCUACUUCGUGCCUUUCAUCAGGAGAGAGAAGUGGACUCUUACAGUAUUGUAUAUGCUGAUAGAGGAGCCAGGAGUGGCAAGGAAUGAGUCUCAUUUGCACUCAGAACAUCUUUACAAACCAGAUCCUGUUCUCUGGGGUCAGGCAAAGGCAGCUGUCAAAUUCUGUGUCAAAUUCUAGCCACAUCUCAAGUUAGUCACUUCCAAGGAAUCCAGAAAGCUUCCUGACAUCACUGAUUCUGUAGCUUUGCUCCUGUGAUGCUUCUUCCCUCUGGAAGACCAAAAAAGGAGCAGAAGCCUGUCAGUAGUUUGCAGAAUGUAAGUAAAAAUAAGGGUUGAUUUCUUCAGUUUGAAGGUGGAGAAGACAGAUAAAAGCAACCAUUAAGUACAAAAAUCUGAAGAGCAGCGUGUCUUUCACCGUUCUGCCUUUUGGUGGUAGUUUAAAAGUAGUAAAAUGAAAUCUGAGCCUUUGGAGCUGUUUUUCUAAUUAACUUUGAAUUGUAGUUGAUAAAAUAUUGGAGGCUUUUCCGAUGUCAGUAAAACAGGAACUGUCACUAUGAGCAUCCUCAGACUUCUUUAAUCUUCUACAGCAAAUCCCUGGAGAUUUUGUCUCCAUUGACAAUCUCACUGCAGUAUUUGGAGAUGCUGAGGAUUUCCCUAGUCCUGUUCUCUCUUUUUGCUUGAUUUUUAUUUUAGUGGAUUCACUGAAAUACUGGGAUACAAAGGUCAUUUUUUAAAUAUAUCAUCAGCUUACUGAAUUGAUACCUAGAUCAGCUAAUGAAUGUAGAUUGAAAAUGAAUGAAUGUAGAUAGAGAAGUCUUAGAAAACUUGACAAAUCAUACAGUCCUACAGGACAUUGUACCAACACGUGGCACUGUAGCCAAGGCGGCUUCCCAAAAAAAUCGUUCUGUUGUCAUAAAAUACUUGCAAUAUUAUAACACAGUUGAAAUAAAACCAUUAGGUUAUUUUUUAUUGUCGUUAUUUGAAUGAAACAUUCCUUAUGUAGUACAAAUUUUAUAAAGCAGAGACUCUAGUUCUCAGUCACCAAAGGUUGGUAACCGGGAGAAUAAACCUGUUUCUUGAGGGUGUCAGUGGUUUUGAGGGAUUUUUAGGUUUGUAUUUAGCAGUAUCAGUAAAAUAUUGAAAUAGUAAUAAAUGUGACAUUAAAAGGCCAUGCUUCUUAUAAUUUAUAAUCCACUUUGUAUUCUGUGAUUGUAAGAAUUACAAAAAUUUGAAGUGGUGUUAACACAGUUCUGAAAAGAUGCUAUGUCAAUAGGUUCUUUUAGGCCUAAAAUCUAAAGGAAAUGCCAUGAAGAAAGAAAGAAUAGAUGCAGGAAAGAAAACGUUAGCAGUAGAAGCCAUUAAGUAAUUUUAGAAAAUCUGCAGGAAGAGAAAUCUGGAGACAGUUAACUUAAAGCAGAAACUUGGCAGAAAUAUUUGGUAUGAGUGUAGUGUUAGACUUUAAAGUAAGGAUAGUACUAAGUAAGUACUACCCAUACUUUCAGGUAAGUACUAUCCUUCUUUGCAAGUAAAGAUGCAUUGCCCUGAUGACUUUGGUGGUUCUGUUACAAAAUACUAGUUAUAGACAGUGGAUAGCUACAGAAAGCCUUGUCUUUAUUAGGACUGAACAUACACUGAAUAUAAAAGUAGUUUCUUAGAAAGAACAUGGGGUCGGGUUGGGUUGUUUGGUGUCUUUUUUUUUUGCAUCAGGUUUGGCUUGUGUGAGCACUGUUCUGAAGUAAGUGUGCUGAUAGGUGCCUCCAGAGCUGGCCAGGUGAGUGAGAAGGAGAGGUUCCCAUCCCUUCUGAGGCUGUGACGUGCAGGAGUCGUCUGUCAUGUCUGCGUGUGGGAAAAACACAGGAUGACAGAGAGAAGUUAAGGAGGUUUUAAGUCACUAAUUAACCACUUACAAUGAAAUGGAGCUAAUGAGAUCUGGUGCUGAAUAUUGAAGGGAGAUGUCUCACCAAGAAAUAAUCCCGCAGGCUGACAGCAAGCCAUCAGUUACAUAUAGCUGAAAUAUUUUGUACUGGUAAGAAAAGGAAAAGUCACUCCUCUACAGGCAGGUCAUGCUGAAUAAACUGUCUCAUUCUGAAGGUGCCACAGGAAUAAUGACAGGUUAUGCUGAGUGAAUUUAUGCUCACAUUUCUGUCAUCUUCUGGAGAGCUGCUGCAACAGGUAGCUUCUGAAAGUAUUGAUUCAUUUUGAGAAGUUCCCCAAGAGAAGGAAAUUAACAGACAGUUAUUUUAGAACAAGAUAAGAAUUUCAGGUCUGAAAAGGGCACUCUCAGAUGAACCGAGGUAUUUGUACGUCCUCAAAAGAGAAGAGAAUACACUGUCCAGAAUUUACAAGUCCUCUUUAAAAGUACUAAUGUCCCAAAGAGAAACCUGUAAUGUCAUUUCUGUAUAUGUGCAUCAGGUCACUCAGAGCAUUACAAAACAGUAAGUCUGAACUGUGUAAUAGCCAGGUGAGAUUAAAGGAGUAGUCUGUAUUCAUUUAUGCAUAAUAGAAUAGGUAAAUUCUUAUGUAGCUUGAACUUUUAUUUUUUAUUGACUAACUACAGUAAUCUUCAUAUAAUUAAUCCUGAACUCUGUAACUUUCUGCAUCCAGGCAGUGCAAAGCAAGCAUAACAGCACAUCUCAAACAGACAGUAAUUACUCCACAUACACUCCCAAGGUCUGCUUUGAAUGUGUUCUUUUUAAGCAUUUUCUGUUUUUAUUCCAUUUGAUUUAUGUAUGUAUCUUUCUGUUUGUUUUUCAACUGUUAGUUGAUCAGUAUUCUGAAAAGGAAAAAAGAGGGACAUACAAGCUGCAGGACUUGCAGCAGAAAGACCUUUUUUCGCUCUAAGACCUUGAGUUUAGUUAUGAGUAUUUUUCCUUGUGUAUGUAACCUGGGUUUUCCUGUCACAGGAGCUGUUCUUAGAACUGUGCUUGACUAGUGCAAUACUAGGGAGUUGGAAACGGGGAGAGAAACGGUUUGCACAGUGUGAUUUCAGUUGGGUGAAGCUACUUUACUCUUUGCGUCAUCACAGUGAGGGACAAGUGAAAGUGAGAAUGAGCAGUUAGUGCUCUGCCGUGCUGUGUAAGGAUAUUUGUGCUGCUCGGCGAACCUGAAAGCACCGUAGCUGUGUUAGUAAAGCAUUCCACCUGUCAGUCCACUGGCCACAAGGGAGAGUGUAUCAGCAAGGAUGGAGCAGUAUGCAGCCUAUCCAGUUGUCCUCCAGACUUAGAUUCACUUACGCAGUAUUGUGAUGUGGUCUUAGGGCUCCUACUUGGUGUGUUUUAACAAGAAUAUGUGUAAUUUCCUUGUGAUUAAAACCUGCAUGCAACGAAUGAGUAGCGCUUGCCAGUGUAGCAUGACAGUGAUGUCGUUUUAGUGUCAUGCACAGAAUGAUCUUUGAUGAAAUAUAAAUGCUUGAAGUUUAUUUGCGGUGCUCAGAGCUUGAAGUCUCAGGCAGUGUCGUUUUGACCCUGAUGAUUGUCUUUUAGUUUAUAACCAUGCACAGUAUUGGACAGGCACCUUUGACUUUAUAUUGAGUUUGAUUUUUAUUUUUUUUCCACUGGUUGUCCUCACAGACAGCAGGAAUGCCAGAGAUUUUCAUAGCUGUGUAAACUUAGUUUCCGUAGCUAUGUUAGCAGAGAAUGGUGGCCUGCAGGACUUCACUCAGAAGUGUUUAAAUUUGACCGAACUGGGUCUAAAUUUUGAUAUUGUUUGAAGCUAUUUCGUUGCUGUUCCCAAUUUUUGGCAUACAAUCUUCCUGUUAGUUUGAAGAGCUGCUCUGGCAAAGAUGUUUUUCCCAUGAAUUUGCACAACUCUAAGUAGAAACGGCCUUACUGAACUGCUUUGAAAAUACUUGUUCUGUUCUCUGUUUUUUAAAUGGUGAUGUUAUCUGCUUUUUAACUUUCUCUUUAUUCUUUUAUUUGCAGUGAUGUGGUUGCAUGACCUGCAGCAUUGUUAUAACAGGGACUGUUCAGUGCAUGACUUGCUUUUCUGUCCAGACUGCAUAACCAAAACUUAACCAGUUCUACACUUAAGACUCAUGGGCAUCUGAUUUCAAAGGGAGAUCUACUUGCAGAGAAGCCUACCAUCUUGGGAAGUGGCUUUCGCACUUCCUGCUUCCAUUUACUAUUUCUCUUCACAAUAAGUCUCCUAUGAGGCUAAAAGAGAGGAAAUCCAGUAUUCAGAGCUCUACAGGAGGCGUUCUGCAAACUGACAGAGCACUGUCAGCUCUCCAUUUUACUUCUGUCUGUCCACUCCAUUUAAUUCUGAUUAACAGCAUUAACACACAGACCUCCUGCAACAUUUUCAUAUACUGAACUAUAAAAAAAACUAGUCUUAAUGAGUUCCUAAAAAUGCCUUUUGGUUACUGUUAAAAUUUUAAAGCACCUGCACCCUUAAAGGAUAUACUUUGAAUCUUUAAAUAAUUAAAAGUAAAGCCAAGGAGGUGUUUUACCAGGAGAAAUGACUCAUGAAUUGCUGCUUGGCCAGCCCAUCUUCCUUAGAAAACCAGGCAAGGUUCAUCAGAUAAUCUCUGAGACAGGCAAACUACUGUGCAGUCCUUUGCUUACAGACACUGCCUGCUUCCUUACUAUGUAUAUAUGCAGUAGUUUGUGGCUGUUGUAUUUUUCUCUCUACGUUUUAGCUGUGUUGUCUGUUUCUUUCAGAAACAUUUUUUUUUCCAAUCUGUGUACAAUUGUUAAACAAUCUGAGGAAGGAACGUGAAUGGAGAUAAGGAUGAAAGCUGUCUACACCUUCAGUAUUAUGCAGAUUGUCCUUGCCAGUUUAUAAUUUGGGUUGUUUAUAUUUUACCUGUACUAUUUCUUUUCUCAUUAUUGCAGUCUUAGCUAUUUCAUUUCCAAUUGCACUAGCUUGGCUGUUUCUUUGUAUUAUGAAGUUUAGCUAUAAGAUUUGCAAUAUUUAGACAGUAUAACUCGAAAUGCUUUGUGCUGCCUAUAUUAAUUUAAAGAGCUGCUUAUUUAAUAUUCUUAAAAAUCUGCACAUUUGUACUACUGUAUCUUUGUUUUGUAUUGGACAUCCAGUACUGGCAAGAUCCAGAAGGCAAGGGGGUACUGUAGUGGUCUAAGUUAAGACGUUCGUUGUACAGGGGUUGGUAUGUGAGAGGUGGGAAAAGAGGGCUGCCCAGCCACAGGCCGCGCCGCAAACACCCAACAGAACCUGGAAGCAGAGUACCCCGAGCCGCGCGGUUUAAGCCCAGUUCUAGGGGAACCCCGUUCUCGCUCGCCUGGAUCCUAAUCCUGCAAAAACAGCUGCACGCACGCUCUCCAGGAGCGGCACUCGUCUCGGGGCAGCGGCGCUGGGGAGCGGCACCCCUGGGCCCCGCAGCACUCGGGCACAGGGCGCCCAGUCCUGCUGCUUGCAGCUGUGGGCGCGGCCGUGUCCGUGUGUCUGCGUGUGCCUGGGGCCCUCGGGGUGCAUGGUGCCCUCGGUGCCCCUACCUCAGCGCGUUGUGCCAAACCGAGCCGCUCGGAGAGAGGCAGAGCGAGACCCACCGCUCUGUGCAGCGGGUGGGUGCCCCCGCACGAGGGGAUGGGACGGCGGGUUCCCGGGGCUGGGCUGCCCGUGCCGGCGGUGCUGCUCUGCCUGACAGCGCCUGGCGGGUGAGGACCUGUCCUCCUGGCCCGGCAGCGCCUGUGGCAGCGCAGCCCAAGGUGGGCUGCAGGAGGGUCCGGGCAGCGGCGCUCCUGCCGGGCUGAGUCCAGCAGAGCUGAGAGGUUUGCGUCUUUCCAGGUCCCAGCCAUCGAUCCCUUUUGUUCUGUGUCAGGGCAAGCUUUAUUAGAAAAACCCCUUACUUUCCGUUGUGUGUCCCAGGCAUAGUUCGUCUCCCAUUUGCUAGUGCCGCUUCUGUCGGGAGCACGCCCUUCUCCAGGCCACGCUGGGUGCGGGACCGCCGAGGGCAGCGGUUCCGCGCGGGGUGUGAGGGGAUAGCUGCUUUUGUCACACCUGCCUGCAAGGGUGCCCCGAGCCGAAGCUUUGCUGUACCUCAUUUAUCCAAGUGGUUUGUGCAGUUUAGAAACUAUGUAUCGGUUGUUCUUGAGCCUAAGACAUUUAUAUGUAACUGUGUUUAGCUUGACAAAACUUGAGUUCACUAAUGCAACAGAGAAACUUAAGGUAGCUUUCAGCAAACGAGCUGGCUACUUUAAUUAGAUUAGCGUAGCAUCUCUGUCACGAGGUGAUUGCGAGCUCACAAUGCAGAGGUGAUCUCCAGCAUGUCUCUGAUAUACUAACUUCAUUUAUGCUGCAUAGAAAACUCUUUUACUUUCUUAAUAGCAGCUUGUUUGACAGUCCAAAAUUAAGUGUUGACCAAUUAUCAAAGUAACUGUUUGUGAAAUUGACAGUGAUAUAUUUUCUGUAAGAGAAUGGAUUCCUAGAGUGUCAAAACAUUAAUUUCCCAUUUCGGUUCAUCUAUGAAAUGUGUAACUACCAGAUUGUCAUGGUAGCAGUAUUAAUAUACAUAUCUGUAUAUAGACAAAAAAUACCCGGUGAUGACCAUUAGAAUCAAAAGGUUUAAUAUUUUUUCCCAGUCAAAUACACUAAUGCUUCCAAGGUUACAGAAGAGUGUACAGUUGUUAAACAAGUUGUAAAUAAAGGCUUAUAUAAAACACAA